AUGCAUCUAUUUCUGUUUUGUUUUUUAUUGGCAAUUGUUCGUGCACAACAAAGCCCAUGUUUUUGCUCGUGUUGUUCUGGUAUAUCAUGUAAUCCUACUCUUUUACCAACCAUUUGCGUACAUAAUUGUACAUUAGAGCGAUGUAUUGUACAAUGUCGAGCCACAUAUGCUCAAUGUCGAGGAAAUCAACCUACGACUGUAAUUUCAGUACAAUGUGAACCAACACCAAUUCCACAAUAUACCUGCCGAUGUGAUUGUUGUAAUACGGGUUCUCCUUCAUGUCCUACUUCAUAUAUUGGUAAUGCUAUUGCAUUCAUAUGCGCAGUAGAAUCAUGUAGUAUAGCAUGUGCCAAUCAAUAUCCACAUAUAUGUGUAGCAAAUCAAGUUGGACAAACACAAGGUACAUGUGUGAGUCCUUUAACUUCAAUGUCAACGUCAACAACAACAACAACGACAACAACGUUAACGACAACAGCAGCAGCAGCAACAACAACAACAACAACAACAACCGUUAGUCUUUGGUUAGGUAAUACAUGCUCAUGUAUGUGCUGUAGAACUGGUUCGUAUUGUUCGCCUAUGAAUGUGGGUACAACAUUAGCAUUUCAAUGUUCGUCAGAAGCUUGUACACAAGCCUGUCAAAAUCAAUAUCCAGCAUUAUGUCCAGUUUUUUCAAAUAUUGGCCAAGCUAUUGGUACAUGUAUCAGUGGUACUGAUGGUAAUACCAUUUGUAAAUGUAAUUGUUGUAGUGGAGUUGGAUGUAUGAAUUAUGAAACUAUUACUAAUGAUGGAUGUUUCAUGUGUGAUUCCAUGUGUCGACACCAUUCACCUUGUAUUAAACCUGAUCACGUAACGCACGUUUGCUAUCGUAGCAAUGCAAAAUUGUCUCUUCCAUGGUUUAUUUUUAUAUUUAUAAUGAAUUUUUCUAUAUUUUUAAUAAUUCAAUAA